GUCGUACCGGUCUGUGCGGCUUCGAGCAGUGGUGGGCAGGGCGCCUUUAUGAGGCGCGAGCGGAGAAGGCGGUGUGGAGCGUGGGUCUUACCUCCGCGUCCUUGUACGAGCCUGAUACCCGCCCCUCAUUCUCUAUAACGGGGUGUCACGUGAGCGCCUGCUGUCCCUGCAGCCCUGGACCUCGAGCGCGCUUCACAGCGGGGAAACUGAGGCUGGGAGUGAGACCGUCAGCCGAGGUCGCCCCGCUCUGGGGCCCCUCGGCCGCCACCCCCUCCCCGGGCUCCGCUCUGUGCACAGGGUCCCACGAUGGCGGCGGCGUGGAUGGCCCCUGCGCGGAUGCUGGUGACCUUCGACGACGUGGCCGUGACUUUUACCCAGGAGGAGUGGGGGCAGCUGGACCCGGCCCAGAGGACCCUGUACCAGGAGGUGAUGCUGGAAACCUGCAGGCUCCUGGUCUCUCUGGGCUGUCCUCUACCCAAACCAGAGCAGAUCUACCCACUGGAGCGGAGCCCAGAGUUAUGGACACUGCAGAGAGGCCUCUCCUCUAGCAACUGCCCAGGUGACAAUGUAAAACCUGAGACCACCGAGCCUUCCCCUUCCCACCUUGCCUUGUCUGAGGAAACCUCACCACGGGAGCAAAGGACUUCACGAGCCCCAGGGUACUUCCAGCUUGGGCAAGGCAAGAGUCAGGAUAGGCCAUCAGAAAUGCUGGAAGGCCAGUUGGAACCAGGAUCAGACCCCCUGAUGGAAAAGCUCCCUGGAAACCGGAAGCCCGAACAUGAUGGUUUAGGGACAGAUGAUAGUCUACACUCAAGGAUUGUACAGGAGCUGAUCCCUGCGGGACAUGUCCUCCAUGAACGUGACUCACGGGGACCACUGAAAGAUCCCUUGAUUCGUGAAGGGAGACGUCCCUAUAAGUGUGCAGAAUGCGGGAAAGUGUUUACCAAGAACUGCUUUCUUGUUCGACAUGAGCAGGUUCACACUGGAGUGAGGCCCUAUGAAUGCACCGAGUGCGGGAAAACUUUUAGCAAGAGCACACACCUCCUCCAGCACCACAUGAUCCACACGGGGGAGAGGCCCUACGAGUGCAUGGAGUGCGGGAAGGCCUUCAACCGCAGGUCGCACCUCACGAGGCACCAGCGGAUUCACACUGGGGAGAAGCCUUAUAAGUGCAGUGAGUGUGGAAAGGCCUUCACCCACCGCUCCAAUUUAGUCUUGCAUAACAGGAGCCACACUGGAGAGAAACCCUUUGUGUGCAAAGAAUGUGGAAAAGCCUUCCGAGAUAAGACAGGUUUCCUUCGACACUACAUCAUCCACACAGGAGAGAAGCCCUUCGAGUGCCUGGAGUGCGGGAAGGCCUUCAACCGCCGCUCACACCUCACGUGGCACCAGCAGAUUCACAGUGGAGUGAGGCCCUUUGAAUGCAACGAAUGUGGGAAAGCCUUUUGCGACAGCACAGACCUCAUUCAGCACUAUGUCAUCCACACGGGGGAGAAGCCCUACAAGUGCCUGGAGUGUGGGAAGGCCUUCUACCGCCGGUCACACCUCAAGCAGCACCAGCGGAGUCACACCGGCGAGAAGCCCUAUGUGUGCAGUGAGUGCGGAAAGGCCUUCACCCACUGCUCCACUUUCAUCUUGCACAAAAGGGCCCACACCGGAGAAAAACCCUACGAGUGCAAAGAAUGUGGGAAAGCCUUUAGCAAUCGGUCAGACCUCAUCCGACACUUCAGCAUCCACACUGAGGAGAAGCCCUAUGAGUGCAUGGAGUGCGGGAAGGCCUUCAACCGCCGCUCAUACCUCACGAGGCACCAGCGGAUUCACAGUGGAGAGAAGCCCUAUGAGUGCGUGCAGUGUGGCAAAGCCUUUUGCCAGAGGGCAAACCUCAUUCGACACGCCAUCAUCCACACCGGGGAGAAGCCCUAUGAGUGCAGUGAGUGUGGAAAGGCCUUCACCUACUGCUACACUUUCAUCUUGCACAAAAGGGCCCACAUUGGAGAAAAACCUUUUGAGUGCAAACAAUGUGGGAAAGCCUUUAGCACUAGGAAGGACCUCAUCCGACAUGUCAGCAUUCACGCCGGGGAGAAGCCCUUCGAGUGCUCUGAGUGUGGGAAGGCCUUCAACCGCCGCUCGGGGCUCACGAGGCACCAGCGGAUUCACAGUGGAGAGAAACCCUAUGAAUGUGUCGAGUGUGGGAAAUCCUUCUGCUGGAGCACAAGCCUCAUCCGACACUCCGUCAUCCACACCGGGGAGAAGCCCUAUGAAUGCAGCGAAUGUGGAAAGGCCUUCAGUCGUAGCUCCUCCCUCACUCAGCAUCAGAGGAUUCAUACUGGGAGACACCCCGUCAGUGGCAGUGCAGCAGAAGUGGGGAGACCCUUCACAAGUGGGCAGUCCUUGGUCACCCUCUAAGCGCUCCACAGGGGAAAGACUUUUAAAUGUAGCCACUGAGGAAACCUCUUAUUCAGAAUCCGAUCGUUCAUACCAAAGAGAAACCCU